UCACACGCACACACAAACGCACACGCACAUGUCAUAAGUCUACUGUCGUAACCCAGUAUUAAGUUAGGGCAAGUUUCAGACGACACAAUCUGCUUCGACACUCCGCAGGACGCAGCCUCCGCUGUCGGCUCAGGUGACAAGCAGGACACUCUUCUUAGGAUCUCGUGAGGUUAUUUGCCUUGAACUUGAAUCAAAUCAAUUGUGUAUUGAGCAGUAAUUGGUGCUGAAUGUUAAGCUGGCUCAAGAAUUCUUCCAAUCAGUAGGUAGUGGUGUUGUAGAAGAUGGACAUAAUCGAAUCGAUCCUCGAUAUUCCUGUUCAAGAUCCACAAGAUGAAGAGUUCUCUUCUGCUGACUUGAAUUGGACGAAAUUUGGAACUGCCGAACGUCAUGAUGAUGUAGCCCUUAUUCCUUAUGCACGUGUUGAUGAUUUUAUAAUAGGAGAAUGCUCUAAUGUAGAAUGUCCGACGAGAUUCCAUAUUGAGAGGGGCAGAAAACGAUCAAAAGGCACCUUGAAGGACUACAAGACUGAUGAGUAUUUGGAAUAUAGGCUAUAUUGGUGUUCAUUUGGUCCAGAAAACUAUGGGGAAGGUGGGGGUAUUUUGCCAAGCCGAAGAUAUCGACUUAACACUCGAAACCGCGCUGCUAGACCUCAGUCUAUGCGUGGCUGCACAUGCCAUUUUGUAGUGAAGCGUCUGUAUGCACGUCCAUCUCUUGCACUUAUUGUCUACAAUGAUAAGCGCCAUGUAAACAAGUCUGGUUUUGUUUGUCACGGGCCACUUGACAGAGAUGCAAUUGGCCCUGGUGCCAAGAAAAUUCCAUAUAUAUGUAAUGAGAUUCAACAACAAACUAUGUCUAUGAUCUAUCUUGGCAUUCCUGAGGAGAAUGUGUUAGAGAAGCACAUUGAAGGGAUUCAACGCUACUGUGGUUCAAAUGCAAAAGUAAAUAGCCUUGCUUCCCAGUAUGUGCACAAACUCGGGAUGAUUAUUAGACGUUCUACGCAUGAGUUGGAUUUAGAUGACCAAGCUAGCAUACGAAUGUGGGUAGAACGCAAUAAGAAAUCUAUAUUCUAUUACCAAGAUACUUCAGAGACAGAUUCUUUCAUUCUGGGGAUUCAAACAGAGUGGCAGUUGCAACAAAUGAUUCGUUUUGGCCAUCGCAGUCUCAUGGCCAUUGAUUCAACAUUUGGCAUAAAAAGACUCAAGUAUCCCUUAUGUACACUUCUUGUGUUUGAUUCAAGACAACAUGCGCUCCCUGUUGCCUGGGUCAUUACUCGAAGCAUUGCUAAGCCAGAUGUGUCUAAGUGGAUGAAAGCUCUACUUGAUCGUGUUCAUGCUGCUGAACCUGGAUGGAAGGCCAAUGGGUUUUUGAUUGAUGAUGCUGCGGCAGAGAUUGAUCCGAUAAGGGAUGCAUUUUCUUGUCCUGUCCUAUUCUCCCUCUGGCGUGUUCGUAGAUCAUGGCUGAGGAAUAUUGUCAAGAAAUGUAGUAAUAUUGAAGUUCAACGGGAGAUUUUUAAACGACUGGGAGAAAUAGUGUACAGCAUUUGGGGUGGAAUGGAUUCUUUGGCUGCCUUGGAAGAAUUAACCCAAGAUUUUGUUGAUCAAACUGCCUUUGUACAGUACUUCAAGGCCACUUGGGUGCCUAAGAUUGAGAUGUGGCUUACAACAAUGAAAACUCUCCCACUUGCAAGCCAGGAGGCAUCUGGUGCCAUAGAAGCGUAUCAUGUGAAGCUGAAAGUCAAACUAUUUGAUGAUUCACAUCUUGGUGCACUCCAGAGAGUCGAUUGGUUAGUGCACAAACUGACAACAGAGUUGCAUUCAAGCUACUGGCUUGACCGAUUUGCAGAUGAGAGUGAUUCCUUCCAAAAUGUUAAGGAGGAAUAUAUUGCUUCCACAUCAUGGCACCGGGCACUGCAAAUUCCGGAUACAUCUGUUACCUUGGAUGAGAGGGACCACCUCUUUGCCAAGGUUGUGAGCCAAAAAGACAGCAGCCUAACGCAUCUUGUGUGGAAUCCUGGAUCAGAAUUUGCUUUUUGUGAUUGUGCAUGGUCAAUGCAGGGAAACUUUUGCAAGCAUGUCAUAAAGGUCAAUAUGAUCUGUGAAAAUCGUCAAGGGUAUCAGUCUUCUAUGUCUUUCUGUUCUUUUAAAGAGAUUUUAAUUAAUCUCUGGAAAAAACCGAAGGAUGAUUCAGUUGCAUUGGAUCUGUCAAUGGCAUGGACACACCAGAUGCUUGAUCAAAUUCAGACACUCGUUGAACUGAACAGUUCAAAUGAUAUUGGCAGUGUAGUAAAUAAUCUGCCACUGAAAUGGGUUGCUAAGAAAGGGAGAACAUCUGUUGGCAAGACACCAUCCACUCUUGCUCUGCCCUCCAGCUCCAUGGGCAAUUCUAAGAAUUCUGCCGCACGAAAAAAGAAUCGGAAGAGGAAGAGAUUGUCUCGGUUGGGAUGGUAGGUAGAGGGUUGUUCUUGCACAUAUUUGACCCAUGCAAGCUUGAUUUCAUCUCAGAACUUACUUUUCAAACAUGACUUUAAUCUAGUGGCAGAUCAUUCUGAUUCCAGAGCUGGACUUUGUCCUUUCUUCAUAAUUCAUUGAUAAACAGGUAUAGGCAGUGCUGGCAUCAAAACUGUAUAGUGGACACUCUAUGAGUUUAUCUGCUAAGUGUAGGCUGAAAAAAUGCUAUUGAAGGAAUUAAAGAUGUGUCUACAAGUUUGUGAUUCUAGCAGAUUGGUGGCAAAUUCAAAUAUGAACUUCGACAGAGAAAUUAGCUAUUGAGACUUGGGAGUCCAUUGACAUUGCGUGUCGUCUCCUUUUUUUCUCUUUCCCCCCGGUCACUUGAGUUCUUUAACCUGUAGACGUAUACAUUUUUGUUAGAAAGCCUGUAGAAAAAGAGAUUGGAGAAAACUGCUGAUGAUCUAUGUUAUGUUUCAUAUAUUUAAAAUCUCAAAACAUGUACAGACUAGCGGUAAAAUUGGGUAUUGGAAUUAUGUUCAAAUAUUGUGAAGCAUGCAGAUUGCCAGAGUUGAGCGUUUGAGUUGGACAAGUAUUUGAUGAUUACUACGUAUUUUCUUGCUUAAAA